UUGAGUUACGCUGCCUGCUGAAAAAGCUUGAAAACUUCCCUCGAGUGUUGACAAGCAAAAAAAGAGACUGAUCUAUCAGCUGAAAUGCAAGUUCUCUCUUAUCUCCCAUCUUUUAGAGUUGAGUCACAUAUAAAACAUUCAACUGCUGUGGAGAAUGCAUUUGACCAGGCCAAAGUCCUCGAAAGGGCGUAGUCGACCCAACCUGAGCCACACGCCAAACAUGGAUGUGGCUGACAGCUUCCACAACACACCACUGAUCCCGAAGCCUCCUUCAAUGGGCUACGACAGGUCAGAUCGUUGCCUCCGCUCCCGCUCUCAAUCCCUCUUCAGGCAGAGCAGCCAGCUGAGCGUGAAACAAGACCCAGACUACCUAGAUACUGUUCCCAAGGUACCCUCUCUUCCCUUCCCUUGGAACAAAUACAAGCCCCUCCCCUCUAUUGAGAAGAACACGUCAGAGGAGGGUAUCUCUUUGAGGGGCAUGGAGGAGAAGACAUCCAAGCUCAGUCUGUCCGACAGCCUCAUUGUCCAGGCUCGGCAAGGGCACGGGGAGCAUCAGCUGUCCUCAGUGAGGACCCGAGCAGAAUCCCGGAGCAACCCAGAGAUAGGCAACGUGUCAGAGGUGCUUUGCAAGGUCUGCCCCACUCCCAACCUCAGCGUGAUGGCCACAACCCCAGAGGCAGAAAACCCACCAGUAUUCUCCCCUGGCACUCCUGAUCCUUUGAGCUUACUCCUUGCCAUCCGGGCUCCGUGUGGUAGGAGGUUUGAGUACCACUUCCUACCCACAGACACCCUACUGACGGUGCUUGCCAGUGCAGAGGCCAGGUAUGGGGCCAGAUAUGAGCAUGGUUACAUUGAGAUCGUGGAUGGCUACAUUAAGAGUGUUGUGGAUAGACCCCUCCGAAGGACAUUCACAGACCUGAACAUGACUUUGGCCCAAUGUGGCAUCUUAAAUAGAUCAGUACUGUGCAUCUUUCAGGAGGAUAUGGACUCUGCCUGAACUCAAGAUGGAUGACGCAGUAUAACAACAAACAUUAAAGUUAUGACAAGUAGGCCUAUAUAUUAACAAUGAAGCCAUAUGUUUUUAGAGGAAAGAGUGCUUGUUUCCAUUGUAAAGAGGAGCUUAGGAAGGUGAGUUUUGCAUUUAAGGUAAAAAAAAAAAAAAAAUAGCCUUCUCACAGCCACUGUGCCACAAAAUAAGCCCAGACAGACAUACUUUAGGUAA